AGAGAGGACAACAUCUCCCUAGUAGAGAGCAAGACAGUGGUAGAAAAGAUGGAAAGAUGGGCCCAGCUGUGGAUUCUGGGCUUUGUCACCAUUGUCCCUGGAAAAGCUGUCCUGGAUUUGACUGGCACGGACAUGGCCGACGGUACCUGGAGAGCACCAGUCACUUUGCUGUGCAUGUAUGAACCCUCUGCUGACUUCAAGGAGCUCCAGGUGACUUGGAAAUUCUUCGUGCAACACGAAGGGCCUCGCUCCAUCUUUCUCCGUGAUUCCUCCGGGGACCACACGUUCUUGGUUGCUUUCAGAGGCCGAAUCAGCGUUGCAGAGAAGCCCCCCGGAGAUGUUUCUCUCCAUAUCAAGGAACUUGAAAUGACGGAUACUGGAGUAUACACGUGCUCAGUUCGGUGGGAAGCCAAAAACAUGAGCAGAAUCACUAAAGAAAAGACCAUCCAGCUCAAGGUCGUAAAAGUUACAGCAUCCAAGCCGGUCAUUAAAUCCAGCAGCCUGGAAUCUGUCCUGCCCAACGGGACAAGGAUAAGCCUGACCUGCUCAGCCAGUGGUUCUCCGCCCAUCCGUUACCACUGGUACAAGGAAAGGCCUGGAAGAGAAGCAGAGCACCUGCAGAUGGGCGCUGUCCUUGCCUUUGACAGCCUGCAGGUAUCUGAUUCAGCCAGAUACUUCUGCACAGCGGAAAACAGGCUCAGCGUGCAAAGGGAACAGAGCGACUCCUUUCCGCUAACGGUGACAGAUGCUUCUGAAUUCUCCACUGCAGGACCAGACACUGAGUCAGGGGAACACCCAACAGAAACAGCAACGUCAAUCUGGAGAUUUAAAACCCAGACUGCAGCUGCCUCCAGGAGGCCCCAGGGGACCCACAUCAUGAGAGAUGGAGUGGUGACUUCAUCCACACCUUUUGGGAAUUCUUUAGGACAGCAGAAUAAAAUUCCAGGUCAUCAGAGGAAGGUUCUGCCACUGUAUAUCAUCAUCCUGAUCGCUGUGCUCUGUGCUGCUUUGGUCCUUGUGGUUGUCUCUGUGGUUCUUUGCAGAAGGAGGAGGCCUAAGAGUGAUAAUGUUUACGAAGUAACAUACAACAAUAACGCAAAUGAAGACCUCCCAGCCAGCCCAGGAGUCAAUGGUACCUGCGUGUAUGAGGAACCCAAUUCAGCCUUCGGUAACCCCUACACCAUGGAGCCUACCAAAGCUGCUGAAUAUGUGAUAAUGGGUGAAAAGAUGGUCAACGAAUAUGAGAUUCUUGAGAAGAAGUUGGGGAACUGAUGGCCAAAACGCGAGCAGGAAGGAGGAGGACUUGCUACGUCUUCAAGAGCUGAAUCGUGAAGGACCUCUACUCUGCACUUCCACAUGAACACGUACAAACUUGCUGCAUAUGAGCAGAGUCCCCCCCAUCCCAGACUGGUCGCGCUCAGGCCUGGCCACCCAAAUGGGCCUCUUUUGGUCCCUGCAACUCCACCUGCCCAGUGGCAGCUGCUUAGGAACCUCUCUCUGCCCAAGAGCAGCUGAGGCCAGGAUAGCGGAGGGUGGGCGAAGGCUCCCCCUGCGUUUCUCUCAUCGGCGACUGCUGUCUUCAUUUCUCCUUCUUGUGCAUUUGGCAGGUUUGGUUUGUUGGAUGUGAGUUCUUUUUGCUAAAAAACGUUGACACUAAAAUGUGCAUGCAUUUGCUUUUUUUGUCUGCAGUUUUGCCUAGAAUACACAGUUCUUCCAUCUGAUCCGAAGCACUUUUUGCCCUAAUAAAAAGCCCUUUUCUGUUAUAAA